GUUGCACUCACUCUGACCGUAUUAAUGCGCAGAACCAUCGCACCCGCGGUCGCACAACGCUCCACCGUCAACAACGUUCAAAGAUGCACCGAAUAUAAACAACUCUCAACGUUCUGCAUUACCGAAAAAUGAUUUUUCACUACAAAUUCGCCUCCAAAUUAUGCACCGUGCUAACCCAUGAUGCUUGACAAGACUAUUACCAAUAUGGCGGCCGGUUCCCCGUUAUUGUAAGGCGCGAAGGAGGGUUUUACUCGAGACGUACGACACCGGAACAGCCCCCUACGAAGCUGCCCCAAGACGUCGACACUCGCCCGCCACACGGACGACCUUUUACGCGACCCACCGCCACUCUAACACCGACUCUUUAUUAUAAAAAAUCACAAAGUUUUGACAACACAAAAUAUUAGUUCAAAUGCCAAUUUUUCGACACAGCGCCAUCUACAAUCCACAACACUCUGCCGGUAAAUGGGCAAUCUACUCCACAUUGCGCCCUCUAUCUCAACCAAAACAACGUCAAUUUCACAAAAAUAUCAGUUUUGUCACGAAAUGAAAAAAACAACAAAUUUCACGACCGAUAAAAAAUAAACAACACCACAGAAACGCCCCCUUUAAUAUCCCAACCCAUGCCCCAAAUCACCAUUUAAAACACCCAUAACUAAAUCACGACAACUCAAAAUUAGACAAAAUGCCGAAAUUUCGGCGAACCUCAAGAGGCUUAAAACGGCUAAUACCUACAAAAACUCAAAAAGAAGUGGACUCAAGGCAACUUAAUUUUGUACAGAGAGACAAGGAAAAUAAUCACAAAUCUGUUUCUGAGACUGUUGUUAAUGACCCAUUGCUCUCCUUUAUGAAAAUUGAAGUCAAAGAGGAGCUGGAUUCUAACCAAGACUUAGAUUUUGGUCAGGAAAUAAACAUACCCCUUAAAAUUGAGCAGUUUGAGACUCUAGAAAUUGACAGUAUUAAACAAGAAGAAUCUGUUGAGCCUGAAAGUGACGCUUUUGUAGGAACAAGUAACAAUGACUUAAAUAUGUUAAUAGAAUGGGCAUUAAACUUACAAUUUGACCAUUCUAAAAAGUGCAGUGGACGUCUGUAUCCUUGUAAAAACAUCUUUGAUCAGUUAAGUUGUAAGAUAAUAGUAUUGUAUUGCACGGUUUGUAAAAAACGAAUGUUACACACACUCAAAGAUUGGGCAAUGUUAUAAUAUUAACAUAAAUAAAAGUUAUGUGAA